GAUUCGCUGGUGGUCACCCACCCAACUACUAACCUCCCGGCGUGUGGCUUGAGUACGGCUGAGCGGACGGGAAGCCCUAUUUUCCACACCCUGUGGUCGUAUGUGCUUGAUGAAGUGGUGGAGCAGUAUAUAUGCAUGCCAAAAGAUGAGGCCAUCCUACAGGAGGCGGGGGAGCACUCCAGGCUGAGAUACACUGGGUCAGAUCUCACCCGAUCCGUAUGCUAG